ACAAGCUCCUUAUCUAUUAUCCGCUUCGCUUCUUCCUUUUCACUUCCCAGAAAACAGAGAGAGCUCGAGCUCAAACGACAAUGGCAUCCUCUUCGUUCACAUCAACACUGACCCAUACUUCAAAUUUCCCGUUUUAUCCGAAGAAUCAUUCGAAAACCCCAUCUUCGCAACUUCUAUCCUUCAUUCAUGGCCUCAAACUGCUCCCUUCGAAUCCCAAAUCUCACUGCUUCCAAAUAAAACAGAGGAGAGAGAAUGGUCUAUCCAGGAUCAAGGUCCAAAAUUUUGAAUUCUCGGACUCAUUAUUCGAAGGUGGAUUCGGUUCGGGCGACGACUCAACAUCUCCAGGGUCGGGCAUCACGGCCGUGGAAGAAAAGGAGGAGAUUCAGUGCCCACCGGGUCUUCGACAAUACGAGACCAUGGCUGUUCUGAGACCUGACAUGACCGAGGAGGAGCGCCUAGCCCUUACCCAGAAGUACGAGGAGUUGCUUGUUACCGGGGGUGGAAUGUAUGUGGAAAUAUUCAACAGAGGGGUCAUCCCACUAGCCUAUGCCAUCAAGAAGAGAAACAAAGCUGGGGAGUCUAACACUUACUUGGACGGCAUCUACAUCCUCUUUACCUACUUCACAAAACCCGAGUCCAUUUCAGCUGUUGAGGAAACCAUGAAAGCUGAUGAUGACGUUAUUCGAUCGUCCAGUUUCAAAAUCCAACACAGGAAAUACUGAUGUGGUUUGACUCUUUUUUGGUAGCUUGAGAGCUAAAUUUGGUAAAGAAGUUAUAACCACUGGCUGUGUAAUAUGAAGCUUGUCCGGUUCUACCAUCCAUGUUUAUUCUCUUGAUAGAAAAUCCAGAACCCUAUUAUGAGGCAUUUCAAAUCAGGUUGUUUGGCUUUCUGCACUCUUUGAUGAUGCAAAAGAAGAUUUGAUUUCUUUGA